AUGCGCUUUCCAUCUUUCCCGACCGUCGUCCGCGCUUUUUACACCCUCAGCAACACUACCGCACGCCGCUUUCCGCCCAUCUUCCAACAGCAGGGCCUCGCAAAUCCACGCAUACCACACUCGAUCAAAUCUAUGCCCACAAUUCCAUUUCUGGGAAGCCUUUUCUCGAGCUCCAGCAGGAACAACAUGAGCUAUCCCGUGCAGAAGAGCGACGAGGAAUGGCAGGCGGUGCUUUCGCCUGAACAAUUCCGCGUCCUCCGCAAACAAGGCACCGAAGCGCCCGGCACGGGCGAGUACGACAAGCACAUGCCAUCGGCGGGCACGUACAACUGCGCGGGCUGCGACGCGCCGCUGUACACGGCGCAGCAGAAGUUCAAGUCGGGCUGCGGCUGGCCCGCCUUCUUCGACACGGUGCCCGGCGCCGUCGUGCGCCACGUCGACAACACGUUCGGCAUGCAGCGCACCGAGAUCGUGUGCGCCAACUGCGGCGGCCACCUCGGCCACGUCUUCAAGGGCGAGGGCUACCCCACGCCCACGGAUGAGAGGCAUUGCGUCAAUAGUGUGAGCUUGAAGUUUAAGAAUGAGGGCGCGGAGGGGAAGGAGAGUAAGGCGUGA